AUGCAGCGCAAGCAAUCGCCGUCCUCGCAGAUCGUCACAGCAGGAGCUCGAACGAUAGCGCGAAAAAUGGACCAAGACGAGUACCUGUCCCUGUGCCUCAUGGCGCUCGCCGCCGCGUGCCAGCAAGCCGGCGCGACGGCGCCGCGCCGGCCACACGACGUGGCAGCGCCAUUAUCGUCCGCGGCGGCGUCAUCGACCGAGCUUCCGCUCCACUUCCGGUGCCCCCUCUGCGGCAAGGCGUUCGCGUCGUACCAGGCGCUCGGGGGGCACAAGGCGAGCCACCGCAAGCUGCCCGCGGGUGGUGGCGCGGCGCCAUUGUUCCAUCAGAAGGAAGCAACCGCGGAGGCAUCAUCGGCGUCCGGGAGCGGCGGCGCCGGGCGGCACGUCUGCACGGUGUGCCGCAGGGGAUUCGACACCGGGCAGGCGCUCGGCGGGCACAAGAGGUUCCACUACCUGCACGGGCCGUCGGUGUCGGCGUCGCUGCCCAGCGGUGCGGUGCCGAGCGCGGUCGGUGGGUUUGACCUGAACCUGGCGCCCCUGGUCCCGGAGAUUGGAUUUCCCGGCGUGAGGCGGCGGGGCGACGACGAUGAGGUGCCGAGCCCUUUGCCUUUGCCGCCCAAGAAGCCACGCCGGCCGUCGAAUUCUGCAUGA